AUGAGCACUGCCGUUGGACCGGAAACGUCGUCGAUAUUCUCGCGGGUCGCCUCGGCCGUCUUCUACGGGCUCAUUUCGGUGCUCAUCGUAUUCGUCAAUAAGAUAUUGCUGACGAAUUUUCGAUUUCCCUCGUUUCUGUUCGUCGGCGUCGGACAAAUGACGGCGACGAUUGUCAUAUUGUUUUUGGCGAAAUUGUUUCGGAUUGUCCAAUUUCCGUCGCUCGACUCGUCGAUUCCGCGAAAACUCAUGCCGCUGCCGAUUUUGUAUUUUUUCAAUUUAAUCACCGGCCUCGGCGGCACGAAAAUGAUCAACCUUCCCAUGUUCACCGUUCUUCGGCGAUUCUCAAUAUUGAUGACGAUGAUCCUGGAAUUUUAUAUUUUAGGUGUGAAAGCGUCGCGAGCGGUGAAAAUCUCGGUGGGUCUGAUGAUCGGCGGCAGUUUCAUCGCCGCCAUCUACGAUUUGUCGUUCGACACCAUCGGCUACACAAUGAUAUUUAUCAAUAACAUAUGUACGGCGGCGCUCGGCGUGUACACAAAGCAGAAGCUCGACGCGAAAGACCUCGGCAAAUACGGCCUCAUGUAUUAUAAUUGCCUUUUUAUGGUGUUGCCGGCGAUAUGCGUCACCAAAUACACGGGCGAUUUGGAUAAGGCGAUGCAAUUCAUCGCUUCCGACGAGAUGACGAGCUCCGUGUGGUUGUGCUUCUUAUUGUCGUGCGUUUGCGGCUUCAUCUUGAAUUAUUCGCUCGUCCUCUGCACCCAUCAUAAUUCGGCCUUGACGACGACGUGCGUUGGACCCAUAAAGAAUCUGUUCGUCACGUAUGCCGGAAUGUUCUCUAGUGGCGACUACGUCUUCUCAUGGGCCAACUUCAUAGGAAUCAAUGUUAGCGUAUUCGGAAGCAUCCUCUACACAUAUGUGACGUUCCGCUCGAAAAACUCCAACAACGCCUACAAACCGCUGCCGACGAGCUCCCUACCAACCGGUGUGCACAAAUCGAAAAACGUGGUAUAG